AUGGAUCGAUUGAAAGAACUAUUUCAUACGAAAACACCAAAAGAAAUCAUGCAGGAAAACAAACGAGCGAUUCGACGUGCACGACGUGAGCUUGAGCGUGAGAAAAAUCGUUUGAACAAUGAGAAAACACGAAAUGAAAAUGAAAUUCGAAAAUUAGCUGCCAAAGGCGAACAGAAAGCUCUACGUACUUAUGCAAAAAACAUUGUCAAUCAACGUAAUCAAAUCAAUAAACUAGGUGCUAUGGACGCCACAUUGUCGACAUUAGAAUCUGAAGCUUCGUCAAUGAAUGCCCAAAUGACCAUGGCUGGUGUUAUGGUUAAAACAACCAAAACUUUAGCAAGAUUGAAUCGAAUGAUGCCGUUAGCUGACUUUCAAAAGACCAUGCAGAUGUUUGAACAAAACAUGACUGCAAAUAACAUCAAACAGGAAAUGAUGAAUGAUGCUAUGGAUGCCGCUUUUGAAGGUGAUGAUGAUGAAGAAGCCACUGAAGAACUUGUCGACCAAGUGCUUAAUGAACUUAAUAUAACCAUGGCGAAUCAAAUUCCAACGGCACAAAAUGGCGCUAUCGGUGGUCGUGUUGCUAAUCCGGGACAAGGCCAACAAGCACAAGCAGUAUCGACUGCGGAUGCGGAUUUGGAGGCUCGUCUGGAAGCAUUGCGUCGAAAUUAA